AUGAUUUACAGCUGCUAAGUCAUUCGUAAACACUUUCUGUUGAAUUAGACAUAUAAGUUGUAGAUCUAGGAAGAGAAAAUAUUUAUUGGUUUAGAAGUACAAUUUUAAUUCUAAAUUCUUAAUAGGAUCGGCCAGCAAAAUAUGAGCUGGAUAUAAAUUUACAAAAUAAAAUAAGUUGGAAAGUCAAUGACCAUGGAAUAUUACAAGCAUUUGGUAUUAAAUAUUAAAAUUAAUGCAAAUGGUUUUAUGGUUAACAUGGUGAUUUGUUACAAAUAAAAACCAUUCUAAAUAAUCGAAUAUUUUUUCAUAGCAUUUCUAACUUUUAUUUAUCAAAUGAAUAAAUAGGUUCAGGAGCUUCAUGUAAAGUUCUAUUGAUAACAGAUAUUUAAACCAAAAAAAAAUAUGCAGCUAAAUGUAUAAGCAAGGAUUAUAUAACAAAAAAAAAAACACCUGACAGAUUAAAUAGGUUGUUUAAUGAAAUAAAUAUAUUGAGAUAGAUUCAGAAUCAUAAAAAUAUUGUUAAAUUAAUUGAUAUUUUUGAAGGUGAAUAAACAUAUUAUCUUAUUUUUGAAUAUUUAGAAGGUGAAACUUUGCACAAAUAUUUAAAAUUAUAAACUGAUCUCAUUCCAGAUAAUUCAAUAAGAAUAAUAUUGUUGGUAAGUUUGAAUAUUAAACUACUAGUAACUAUUACAUGGCAUUAAUUCAUUUCAUUCUGAAAAUUAUAUCCAUAGAGACAUUAAAUUAGAAAAUAUUGUUCUAUCUUAGUCUAAUGUUAUCAGUUCCCUAAAACUAAUUGAUUUUGGAUUAGCAAUUUCAAGUAUUUAACCUGUUUCUUUUGCUGUUUGUGGUACACCUGGCUAUAUAGCUCCAGAGAUAUUGUAACAUGAUGAAAAUAAACAAAGUUAGAAAUUUAAAUUCACAUUCAAAGUUGAUAUGUUUGGAAUUGGUGUUAUACUUUAUAGAUUGUAAUAUUAAUAUAAUCUUUUUAGAAUGAAUAGAUAACCUUUGUUUGAAUCUGACAAAACCAAAGAUUUAUUACAAUUAAAUAAAAAGUGUUAAUUUAUCAAAAAAUAUCAUAAUUAUUAUACUAAUGCACUUAAUCAAAUUUUAUUUGGACUCUUAGAAGUUAAUCCAAAUAAACGAUUAUCAUCAUAUGAAGCUAUUGAAAUACUUUCUUAAUAAUCAAUUUUAAAAGAUAUGGUAGGAUCUUUUGCCACCACAAAAAGUCAUUAAAAUGAGGCAGAUGAAUUUGAAGUAGAAUAAACUAUUGAUCAUGCUAAUUAACCGUAUCCAUUUUAAGUUAAAAUUUUUAAAUUAGAAUUAGAAAAUAGUUAUCAUUAAAAUGAUGAUAAUAAACUUAUCACUUCUAUGCAAAGAUCUUAUUAUCCUUCUUUUAGCAUUGGUUUAAGUUAAGACAUUUUUGAUAGCUUUACUUAUUAAAUAUCUAUGAGAAAUGCAAUAAUUAAAGAUGAGAUAAUUGAAUCAGAUAUUUAUUAGAUAUAAAAGUAAAAGUGA